GCAUUCUCUUCUACAAUUUCUUUAAACAUCUUCCCAUUGCAGUUUGGGUACUGGACAAACGAGUCCUUUUGUGCAUUCAAUAAGAUUGUUUUGUUUUUAUUAAUCUUUGUCUCUUUGUUUAGUUUGCUUCAAGGUUGCAUAUCAGCUGUUCAUUAGAAAUGGCGUUUUCUUUGGAUGAUGACAAAAGAUGUCAACUAAAUGAGGAUAUCAUUAAACAGUUGUACCUUGUUGCUUAUAUGCAGGGAAGCAAACUGCCCACAUGCCUUGUAACCAAUUCAAAAUGUAGUAAAGUUCAAGUUCGGGGAGAUGGGCGAACCGCCGUUGACAUGAGAUCUCAUGUACAUCAAACUGUUUUACCAGUAGUCAUUAAAGCUGAUAAUCCGAUUCCAGUCUCAUGCAGUGUUUACUACUUUGAAGUAACUGUCAAUGUUAAAAGUCGAUCUGGUCUACUUGCUUUGGGUGUGUGUUCUUCACGUUCAUCAACAAAUGAGUGGCCAGGCAUGGAGUUCACUUCAUACGGUUAUCAUAGUAAUAGUGGGACAAUUUAUCAUAAUUCAAAGGAGUUACCAGUUUCAGCGCCUGGUUUCAGUGAAACAGAUAUCAUUGGUUGCGGUGUUAACUUUGUUAAUAAUUCAGUAUUUUUCACAAAAAAUGGUGUCUUCAUAGGACCUGUUAAUGCUGGUAAAAAGUUGCCGCAUCCAGUAUACCCAUGUAUUGCUUUUGCCUGUCCUAAUUGUCAUGUCAGCAUCAAUUUCGGUCAUCAUAAAUUUGCAUUCGAUAUUGGUCAGUAUAUUAGUCGUGAACGUGCUGUAGCAAUAAGUACAGCAGUUGAUCGUAAAUGUAACGAUCAAUUAGCAUAUGUUACGAUGAGAAAUUUAGUUGCAACCUACUUAUUACAUAAUGGUUUCCUUGAAUCAGCUCAAGCAUUGGGCGAAUGGGUUACAAAAGCUUCAACAGAUCAAAGCAAUACAACUGGCAGUAUUUUUAGUUUUGAGAAUGAUAUUAGUAGUGAUAAUAACAACAAUAAUAUGUGUUAUAGUAAUGGCAAGUCAUCUUCAAAGUCAUUAACUCCUGAUACUCCAAAUGGUUGUCUGUCUACAUCGACGAAUAAAUUUAUCCAACGAAUGAAUUCAUUAACAAACUCUUUGAAUGCUAAUGGUUAUUCAGAUUGUAACAGUAAUAAUAAUGCUAUGAAUACUAAUAUUAAUAAUAAUAGUAAUUGUAGUGGUUCUAUUGUUGAAGAGACAAACGGUGGUGAUCAUUAUUUAAAACACUCAGAACAGCAGUAUUCACAGUCGGCAGCAAUCAAGUCAUUGUCAGCACAGUCAACAGUUAAUCAUCAUGAUUUAUCAUCUUUAUCAUCAUCAUCAUCGUCGUCUAAAAAUGCCAGUCAAGCGAACAACACUGUUCUUAAUGAUUUGUUCUGUUGGCCUGAAGCUGUGGACAUCUUAUUAAGACGCAGGUAUUUACGCGAGACAAUUAGAAAUGGAGAUUAUUUGUCUGCAUUAGACCAGCUACAAGCACACUUUAAAACAUUAUGGGAGAAUGAUCCAUCGAUUACAUUUGUUCUGAAAUGUCAUCAUUUCAUAGAUUUGAUACGUCGACACUACACUGUAAAUUCUUCAAAAGAACCUGUCUAUCUGAAUAAUGCAACCCAUAGUAAUUCAAAAGUAUUUCAGUGCAAUGGUGUUGAUGUUCCUCGAAAUAGUCAAAAACACACGAAGCCGUCUAGUUCAGUGGAAUCUUCGCCUGAAAUAACUAACAAGGAGAAUAAUUGCCAAUUUGUUCAUUUAUUAAAUUCAAAUCACAAUAAUAUAACCAAUCUACCAGUCGAUAAUAAUGAUGAUAAUAGUAGUAGUACUUCUACUGGAAAUACUAUUAAUCGUUUUUGUCGCCCAAUUGCAAGUAGUUGUCAUCCUUCGCAUAGUCCAACAAGUUAUCAAGCGCCUGUUCGUCUUCGUUUAGAAUCGCUUACUCCUGAAUGGAAUAAUGAUAGCCUAUUAUCGUCAAGUGAUAGAUAUAAUUCUGAACCGCUACCGUCAGUCUUUCCAAAAACUAAUUCUUCCUUUAAUGAUAUAGUGAAUACAACUACCAAUGGUAGUGGUACUCAUACGCCAGGUGUUAUAAAUAACUCCUCUUCAGAAGUUAUUUCUUCACAUGUUGUUCCUUCCACAUAUAGUACAGAAAAUAAUUUCAUGAAAACUGACAACAAUACAACAUCCUCAUCCUCCUCCUCAUCAUCGUCACCAUGUAUUAGGCUAUACAACAAACGGAAAAACAAUCAUUCUUAUUCUCAUUCUAAUAUUCAAUGUAUGUCAUUAUUAACUCGGAUGGAUUUAGUAUCAUUAUCAUCAGGUGGUAAUGAUGAUGGUUUGAACAUGGAAUUGGGUUUAAUUGAUCCAUUCAUCAGUUGUGUAGGUUUAGGAUAUGAGUUAAAAAGAUUGAAAUGUUUAACUGUACUUCGUCGUGAUGCUUAUCGGUGUCGUCGCCGUCGUGGGGUUGGUGGGGACUGUGGAAGAGAACGAAAUCAAAUCUUGUCUAAGUUACCAUUAUAUCCUUAUAAUCGUUCAUGUUCAAGUUCAUACUUUAUUUUGCUUAAACAAAAAUUCAAUUAUGAUCAGUGUUACUGUCGUUAUCGUUAUCAUUGUUACUAUUAUUACUAUUACAACUAUGAUCCUUCUGUUGGUAUUCAACAACAGGCUAACAGUGAAAUUAUAACCAAUGGAAACUCAACUUUUUCAUCAUAUAACUCUUCGCCUAUAUCGCCUAUGAUCAAAUCAUCAAUUCAGAGUAAUCAAUGUAUUAAUGGUGAUAAUCAUCAUAAUAAUGACGAUCAUGAUCAUGAUAAUAUUAAUAAUAAUAAUAACAUGAAUAGUCAUCAUGUUACUACUACUACUACCAAUAAUAAUAAUCAACAAAAUGGAAUACAUGAUGAUAAUAACAGUAGUAGUAGUAAUAAUAAUAAUAAUAUUAGUAAUACUAUUACUAACAAUCAUUUUGUUCAUCAUAUUGAUAGUGAUCAUGUUGAAGUAAAUUAUAGUGCAUCUGUUAGUGAACUUUACGAUCUCAUUGAAUAUGGCCGAAGCUUACGAUCGAAUGCAUUAGAAUUACAACAUCAAGGAGCGAUUAGUUUGGAACAACUUCUAUUCUUGAGUAGUGCAUUCAGUUUGGUUGCAUAUCAGAAUCCUUACAGAAGUCCUCUCAGUGGCCUGUUACAUCCAAAACAUCGAGAAUUAUUAGCCGACGCUGUAAAUGAUGCUAUACUGGUACAUUUAAAACAACCUUCUCGACCUGUUUUGGAUAUCGCCUUAACAUAUCUGGAGCAUGUUUUAACUGAUGAGGGGACAUCAUGUAAAAAUACCGGUUCAUUUCCUUGUUAUCGUUUUAAAAAUGGUCAUUCGAAUCCAAGCACUCCUUCAAAUCCUCUGCAAACUAUUGGCAGUCAACAAUUACAAUGUGAUGAUGUAUUUACUGCGACCAGAGUAAGUCAGGCUAACAACGAGUCAACAACACCUGUUACUCGUGGUACUCCGACUACGCCUAGCCGAACUACAGUGGUCAGCGGAAGUCGUAGGGAAGGGGAAUCACGUUAUGCAACAGCCGAUGUUCAAACGUAUGGUUUAGCCUCGGGAGAUUUUACUGAAAAUUCUAAUGGUUCUACAAAUCUACUUCGUCCUGCUAGUACUUCAGUUAUUUCUAGUUCACUUUAUGUUCCGCCUUCUGCUUUAAUCUCUCUUACCGGUCGAAGUAAUCCAGUAACUAGGAGUUCUGAUUCACAGAGAUCAUCAUCUCGUGUACGUCCAACAAGUCUACAGAAUUUAAUUCAACAACGACGUCAAUCACAGUCAACGGACCAACCGACAGCUUCAUCUCCAUCUCCGUCAUCAUCAUCAUCACAUUUUAAUCGUUUUCUAAUCACAUCAUCUAAUUGGCCGGUUUCAACGCCUGUUUCAUCAGCAUCGACAACAACAACUACUACUUCACAGAAUCCUAAUCGUUUCUCUCCUUCACGAAUAACAGUCACCUCUUCCCUUACUAAUACACAUGCACCGACUGGACCUGAACUGGCAGGAUUUUUCCAUCCAAUCUUAUUUAUAGGAUGAAGUAAUGCUUAAAAGAAUACAAAAAUUUUUUUCCUUCCCUCUUCUUUCCCUUUUAUACAUCAUACAUGUUCUGAGAUUAGACUAUUCCCUCCUCUCGCCCAUUCUCCUUUCACUUCCGGCACAUACGCGCACACACACACACGCACCUAGAAGCAACCUGCUGUUUUUUCUCUUUCUUGUUUUUGUUCCCGUUUUUAAAUCUCUACACUCUAGACGAUCUUAUUCAGCCUACCUUCUAUUUACCAAUGUAAGUAUAUUCCCUCAUAUGUAUUUCUUAUCUUAUCGCUUUCAUAUACAAUAUGUUACACACUGACUUGUAGUUGAUUAUUAUUAACAUUAUUAUUUAUUAUUUAAUUGGUAAUUUUAGAUAAUAUUUAAUUUUUUUGUAAUUAAAUGAUUAUUUUUUAAAAGUACUCAUGCAAUAUAUAUUCUCAAGUGUGAUCACUGUUUGUGUGUGUGCAUGUGUAUGUCUAUAUACAUGUACACAUGAUUAUAUCCUGCAGGCAAACAGAAAAUGCGGCAAAUAAAGACAGGUGCAUAUUUUGAUGAAUGAAACAGGAAGAAAUAAACCAUCACAUCAACUGGGAUGUGUGGGGGUGGGGGAAAGGAUAGACGUGCAUGUCUACAUGUGCAUUAUUGUAUCCAGGUUCUUUCUUAUUAAAGUAGUAAUAAUUAUAAUUACUGUUGUUAUCACUAUUAUUGUGCUAUUGGUUACUCACGUCACCCUCCGUGUAGGGUGUCUGUUAGUAACAGCACGAGUGAUUUAUGCUUCUCACCACUCGUAGAGAGAGUGUGUGUGAUGACGAAGAGAACAGGAAUUAUUUACUUUCUUUAAUUUUUUUUUACUGUAAUGCACCACUUUCAUUAUUUUGAUAGGCGUUAGUUUUUUUUACAUUUUAUCUCUGUGUCUUUUUUCAUUUUAAUCAUCUAAUAUUUCACAGAAUGAAUUUAAAAGACUUAGCGCUUUGUCGAUCAAUAUUGACGGUGGUGAUUCAGUUAACUGCUUCAUUUCUUUCUCUCUCUCUCAUAUUACUACUAAUCCCUUUCUUUUUCUUCCCAUCCAUUUCAUUUGAUCCUGUUAAUUAUUUUGCAUUCUGUGUACAACUAGUGUAUACCUACCUUUGUGAGUAGGUGAGUGUGUGUGUGUGUUUAUGGAUGGAUGUCACCUUAACAAAUGCACUCUACUUCUUUCUGGCUAAUUGAUAAACUGUGAAGUAUUCUUGAUUCGCUACGAAAUAUCCUACUAUGCUGUUAUCGCUGCAAUAUUACACAUCACUUAAUUGAUACAAAAACUACAAACACUAUCAAAUGUGUUACACAUACACAAACAACACUUACUCGCACCCAUCUCUGUUGUCAACAUAUUCUCUCAGCGCAUAUAUAUAUAUAUAUAUAUAACUGUGUUAAUAUACACUCGCCCCUUAAUCAACAUCCCAUUUAUUUACUGUCCUUACUUCGUUUCUGUGUUUCCUUCCUUGACUGGUUGGUUAUUUUAAUAUAACCAAAGGAAAACGAUUAUUUUACUUUCUAAUUACUUUUGAUUUAACUGACUUCUUCGUGUAGCUACCCUUUGUGUAUGUGUGUGUGUUUGAGCGCGUACGUACGUACGUCCUAUUUCUGAUUCUUUUUUUACUGUUCUGUCCCCCUUUUUAUUUACUGAGUACAUUUUGUUUUUAAGAAAUUAUGAAUGAAUGAAUUCUAUCACUUCUUUUUAUACCUAAGCAAGCGAAUGUCAUAUAACUUCAUGAGUAUAUAAAUGUAUGCUGCAUAACCUUAGUGACAUUAUUAUUAUUAAUAUUAUUAUUAUGUAAUCAGUGAGAGACUGUUGAGCGGUGUUGGUUGGUUACGCUGACAAUGGAUGAUUGGAUGAUGCUUGUUUGUGUGUGUGUGUGUGUGUGCAUGUGUUUUGUGGCAAUGAAUGAGUAUAUGACUAUGAGUGUAAUAUUUUGUUUGUCCAAUCAAACAAAAGUAAUGUGAUAAAAGUAUUCGGGUGUAUGUGUGUAUGUGUGUGUUUGUGCAUGGAUUCACGCGAUUUAGAUUUGGGAGAGGGACAGAUUUUCGGUUUUAUUAUGUUCUAACAUAUUUUCUUUCAGACUGUUAUUAUUAUUAUUUUGCACGAUUGAUGAGUUGUUGUUAAUGAAAUUAUUAUAAUAAAAAACAAUUAAUAUUAUUAUUUACAUUGCUAAUACUGACUGAAUGUUUUUACAGAAAAUAAAUAAAAUUUCACUUACAUUCGCCGACUUUGCUGUUUGUUUGCGUCUUUUAAUUCCUUCGGGCUCCCAAUGGAACAUAGGGCUUCAGGCUAGAGCUGUGGAAUUUCGGUAGCAGU